UUAGGAAAUAAGAUUAUUUCUUGGUGUUGGUUUUGACUUUUAUUUGUUAUUAUCAGGACCUUAUUAUCUUAUGGAUGUGUCAAGCCCUUUAGCAGUUUGGGUUUUUUUUGGUAUUUUUGUGGUCUAUAUAAAGGAUAUUUUCUGAGACUUGGUUUUGAGUAAUAUUUCAUUAAAAAAAAUUUCUCUGGCUUCCAUCCAUUUUUUUGGCCUAUUAUUAGAGGAUGAUUGUAAUUGAGUGGUGUCGACCAGUAGAUGCAUAUCUAUUGUCUGUACUGUAUCAUUUGGUAUCGGUUGAUAGACCUCAAAUAAUGGACUAAGAGCAUCAAUGCACUACAUCAAUAUGGUAUCAAAGCCAAGUUUGAGAAGUCAUGAAUUCAAGAAGUGUGUUGGAACUGGUGGAAAUUUCAUGGUGAUCGAAUUCAGAACUGCAUGCAUAAUAAUAAGUUUUCUAUUACCAUUCAGUUGAAUAUGUUAUUGGAAUUCUACAAUAAUGCAAUUGAAAAUAAAGUAUCAGAACUCUAUUGAAAAAAAUGAGAUCUGGGAAUAUGCAGUCUUGAAGUAGAUGAAAUUGGAGGCAAAGAUGACAGUUAUUUCUCUUGUUUUUUGGGAUCUUUUCUUUAGCUCUUCAACUCUAUUCUCCUUGCUUUUGCUAAGAUCCCACUACAUUCUUUUGCAAGAAAAGCCAGUAACAUAAAGGAUUCAAAGGCUGUCCUGCAUUAGCAUGUCAUAGGUCAAAAUGUUUGACUUCUUGUGAUUAUGAUUUCUUGAUUUUCUUGUCAUAUAAAGUGAGGCAGUUACUAAUUUUCUUUGCCUUGUAGAUGGUUCUGUCAUGCCUUCCUGGUUUGACAUUCAUGAGAUACCUGUGACAGCUGAUUCUCCAAAAGAUGAAAAUGGUGUACUUAAAGCAGUUCAGAAUGUGCAUGCAAUGAUAGAUAAGGAGCUAGCUGCAGGCACAAAUCCUAAAAACAUAUUUGUAUGUGGAUUCAGUCAAGGAGGUGCCUUGACCUUGGCAAGUGUUUUGCUAUACCCAAGAACUCUAGGAGGAGGUGCUGUCUUUAGUGGAUGGGUUCCUUUUAAUUCAACCAUGAUAGAACGAAUGCCAGCGGACGCCAAGAAGACACCUAUUUUGUGGUCACAUGGUAUGGUUGACAGAACAGUUUUGUUUGAAGCUGGACAAGCAGGUCCUCCUUUCCUUGAACAAGCUGGUGUAAGUUGCGAGUUUAAGGCUUAUCCUGGUCUGGCUCAUUCCAUAAGCAAUGAGGAAUUGCGGUACCUAGAAUCAUGGAUCAAAACUCGACUUCAGAGUUCUUCGUAGAAUGACAUUGCUGUCUACUGUUAUCAAAGCUCCUUGUGUUUGAGCUGUUAUUGGAUGAUUAAUAUGGAUGAGACUUGAUUUAUCACAUAUUCUUAUGGUAUACAUAACUCUGGAAGGAGGGAGGCCUUUCUUUUAGCUUUUUCAACUUUUGCCCAGUUGUAAUUUAGCAUUAUCAUGAACUUUCUGCAAACACACAAUUAUACUUUUGCUCAUGCAGGAAGCAAAUACUCUUUCCCCCAACAA